UGAAGGAGGUUUGGGGGUGCAUUAAGUAAUCAAAGAUUUGUGGGAGCUAGCUACUUCCAGCCCCAAACUAACAAGAUUUCUUCUUCCACGAUUAUAUAUUUAGAAGGGCUUAAUUCAGACGGUCUAAUGGACGAGCUGAAAGAGAUGCGUGAUGUUAGCAGCAGAGGAAAUGGAAGCUUGAUUUUUGCUGUAAAUGGGGAGAAGUUCGAGCUCACGCCUUCUUCUGCUCCCCCUUCCACUACUUUGCUUCACUUCUUGCGCUCCCACACUCGCUUCAAGAGCCCCAAACUCGGCUGCGGUGAAGGUGGUUGUGGAGCAUGUGUAGUCCUUCUCUCAAAGUAUGACACCGGGAAUAAACGUGUAGAAAAUUACACAGUCAGUUCAUGCCUGACCCUUCUUGGCAGUAUAAAUGGCUGUUCAGUUACAACAAGUGAAGGCAUUGGAAACAUAAAAAACGGGUUCCACCCAAUUCACCAAAGGUUUGCUGGUUUUCAUGCUUCUCAAUGUGGGUUUUGCACCCCCGGAAUAUGCGUUUCACUGUUCACUGCUCUUCUCAAUGCUGAAAAACUUCAUCGGCCUGAACCCCCUCCGGGAUUUUCCAAGCUGACAGUGUCUGAAGCUGAAAGGGCUAUUUCAGGGAAUCUUUGCCGUUGUACCGGAUAUCGUCCUAUAGCGGAUGCCUGCAAAAGCUUUGCUGCUGAUAUUGAUAUUGAAGAUUUGGGGUUCAAUUCUUUUUGGAAACAGGAGGAUAGCAGGGAAGUGAAAAUUAAAAAGUUACCUUUUUAUGAUCCAAGUAAUAGCAACAUCUGUACAUAUCCCGAGUUUUUGAAAUCUGAACGCACGUCUGCUAUUCGUUUGGACUCCCAAAGAUACCCUUGGUACUGUCCCAUUAGUUUGGAGGAGCUACAAGACUUGCUGGGAAGUAAAGUGGCUGAAAACAGGGAACACGCUAAACUGGUUGUGGGUAAUACGGGAAGGGGGUAUUACAAAGAACUUGAAGAGUGUGACAAAUACAUUGACCUUAGGCAUAUCCCGGAACUCUCGGAAACUAAGAGGGACCACACAGGAAUUGAAGUUGGAUCUGCAGUUACUAUCUCUAAAUUGAUUUUAUUCAUAAGGGAGGGAAGUAAAGUCGAUUCAUGUUCAUCGGGUGGUUUGAUCUUCAAAAAAGUUGCUGAUCAUAUGGAGAAAAUUGGCCCAGGUUUCAUUAGGAACUUGGCUAGUGUUGGGGGCAAUUUGGUCAUGGCACAGAAGAAUGGGUUCCCGUCGGAUAUAUCUACUUUGCUUCUUGCUCUGGGGUCAAGUGUUACUCUAAUGAUGGGUCACAAGCGUGAGAAGCUCACAUUGGAGGAAUUCCUUGAAAGGCCAACAAUUGACUGGUCAAGUACCGUGCUACUGAGUGUGUGGAUCCCGUUUUGGGAACCGAUAAAAACCGGUGCUCUAGUCCCCACAAUGAUGUUUGAAACUUAUCGGGCUUCACCCCGACCCCUUGGAAAUGCAUUGCCAUAUGCAAAUGCUGCCUUCUUGGCAGAUGUUAGUCUGACCAAAGAUGGUUAUUUGGUAAAUCAUAUCUGCCUGGCUUUUGGAGCAUUUGGGACAGAACGUGCAAUACGUGCAAGAAAGGUUGAGUGUUAUUUAGUGGGAAAGAUAAUAAAUGUCAAUGUUUUGUAUGAAGCACUUAAACUAGUAAAGGUAACUGUGGUUCCUAAAGCUGGCACAUCUUAUCCCGAGUACCGAUCAAGCUUAAUUUCUGGUUUUCUUUUCAAGUUCUUCCAUGGCCUCAUUGGUGUUGAUCCUACUUUUGUAGAGGAGAACUCCAAAGUAAGUAAUGAUAAUAACUAUUGUGCAAGUGAAAAACGGGCAUUGCUGUCUUCUGCUAAGCAGUUUGUUGAGUCCACUAAAGAUUACUAUCCAGUUGGUGAACCAUUAAUCAAAUCUGGAGCUGCCCUCCAAGCUUCUGGUGAAGCUGUUUAUGUAGAUGAUAUUCCAUCUCCACCAAAUUGUCUGUAUGGAGCAUAUAUUUAUAGUACACAACCUUUAGCAAGGGUAAAUGGAAUUAAUUUUAAGUCCGAUACACUACCAAACGGGGUUGCUUGUGUUAUCACUUUCAAAGAUAUCCCUACGGGAGGGAAGAACAUAGGAUCUAAAACCAUUUUUGGCCCUGAACCUCUAUUUGCUGAUGAUUUUACCAGAUGUGCGGGUGACCGAAUUGCUUUUGUGGUUGCAGACAGUCAAAAGCAUGCAAAUGCAGCAGCGAACAUGGCUGUAGUUGAGUAUGAUACUAAAAAUUUGGAUCCUCCCAUCCUAACGGUUGAGGAAGCUGUUAAGAGAUCAAGUUUUUUUGAAGUCCCUCCAAUGUUGUUCCCAAUAGGUGUUGGUGAUUUCUCUGAAGGAAUGGCUGAAGCAGAGCACAAGAUUCUCUCAGCAAAGAUUAGUCUCGGGUCACAGUACUACUUCUAUAUGGAGACACAGACUUCUCUAGCAGUUCCUGAUGAAGACAACUGCAUGCUUGUAUAUAGUUCAAGCCAGUGCCCUGAGUUUGCACAAAGCGUGAUUGCCAGCUGUCUCGGUGUUCCUGAGCAUAAUAUCCGUGUGAUUACAAGAAGGGUUGGAGGUGGCUUUGGUGGCAAGGCUGUUAGAGCAAUGCCUGUGUCCACAGCAUGUGCACUUGCUGCUCACAAAUUGAACCGCCCCGUCAGGAUAUACCUCGACCGGAAGACCGACAUGAUCAUGGCCGGAGGGAGACAUCCCAUGGAAAUAACUUACAGUGUUGGGUUCAUGUCCGGCGGAAAGAUCACAGCUUUACACCUUGACAUACUGAUCAAUGCCGGUGUAACGGCAGACAUAAGCCCAGCCAUACCAAUGAACAUGAUAGGGGCAAUCAAGAAAUACAAUUGGGGCGCCCUAUCUUUUGAUAUUAAGGUGUGCAAAACAAAUCUUUUUAGCAAGUCAGCAAUGAGGGGGCCUGGUGAGGUCCAAGGAUGUUUUAUCGCCGAAGUUGUUAUUGAACAUGUGGCGUCUGUGCUAUCAAUGGACGUGGAUUCGGUGCGAUUGAAAAAUCUCCACACUUUUGAGAGCCUUAAUUUGUUCUACGGGCAUAGUGGGGGCGACUUAGCGGAUUACACUUUGCCUAGCAUUAUGGACAAACUGGGUAAAUCUUCCAACUUCUUAGGAAGAAGUGAGAUGGUGGAUCGAUUCAACCGGGAAAAUGUGUGGAAGAAAAGGGGUAUUUCUAGGGUCCCGGUUGUAAUUCACGUUAUGCACAGGCCUACUCCUGCAAAAGUGAGCAUUUUGCAGGAUGGCUCGGUAGUGGUUGAGGUUGGAGGGGUCGAAUUGGGACAAGGGCUGUGGACGAAGGUGAAACAGAUGGCUGCUUACGGUCUCGGUUUGAUUCAAUGUGAUCGAACGGAUGAGCUCGUGGACAAGGUACGGGUCGUACAAUCAGACACAUUGAGCUUAGUACAAGGUGGGUUUACUGCGGGGAGCACCACGUCAGAAUCAAGCUGUGAAGCUGUAAGGCUUUGCUGCGAAGUUUUGGUUGAGAGAUUGAACCCCUUGAAGACGAAGUUGCAGGAACAACUGGGGUCCAUUGAUUGGAAAACACUGAUUCUCCAGGCACAUGGUGAAGCUGUGAACUUAGCGGUGAAUUCCUACUACGUUCCGGACUUGAGUUCCAUGAUUUAUUUGAAUUAUGGGGCUGCCGUUAGUGAGGUGGAAAUAGACGUUCUGACGGGAGAAUCAAGAAUCAUGCGAACGGAUAUAAUAUAUGAUUGUGGACAGAGCUUGAACCCUGCUGUUGAUUUGGGACAGAUUGAAGGAGCUUUUGUUCAAGGAGUCGGGUUUUUUAUGCUCGAAGAGUAUCUUACAAACAAGGACGGACUGGUGGUGUCCGAUGGAACUUGGACAUAUAAGGUCCCAACCAUUGACACUGUCCCACAACAAUUCCACGUUGAGGUACUCAACAGCGGGCAUCACCAAAAUCGUGUCCUCUCGUCUAAAGCCUCAGGCGAGCCACCCCUUCUUCUGGCGGCUUCAGUCCACUGUGCAACACGGGCAGCCAUCAGGGAAGCCAGAAAACAGCUCAAAGUUUGGGGAAAGCUGGACGACCAUGACCACGGGCUUGAUGAUCCGUUCUUCCAUCUGGACGUCCCUGCCAUUAUGCCCGCGGUGAAGACACAUUGUGGCCUGGAUUACGCCGAGAAAUUCCUCGAGUCUUCGCUCGGUCUUUAAUCACCCGUUCCAAGAUCGAUGCCCAUUACAUUUCACAUUUGUUAUCCCAACCACAUAAUAAGGUUCAAUUUGUUGUAAAAACAAGUCAUUUUCUAUGUAAAUGAUCUGUGUAAGAGGUAUUAAAAUUCCACAAAAAGUAGAGUCCCGAAUAAAAUUCCACUUUGUAAACUCGAAAAUAGAGAGGAUGUUUUCAAGAGAACCCAACUCAAGCAUGUGUAACAGGUAUAGCAAGUGAAUAAUAAUGCAAAUAAAAAAGCAUUAUAUGU